AUGCCCGGCGAAGAGUCGACUCUCUACUCGUCCUUUCCGCCAACCUCGUUCGCCGCCGCUGCUGCGGGAGCAGGUUCCAACUCCUCCAACCCCACCGUCGCUCCGAGUGGGAGCCAAGCCGACCUUGGCGUCAACGGAACGGCCGACUUUGAAGCAAUGAAGCGUUCCUUCGAAGGCGCUGGGAGAGCUUCCGGACCCGCCGGACCCGUCCCCGCCGUCAACGGCGUUGCAGCAGUCCCGAAUGGCGCCCCCAAUCCUUCGGGAGCUUCUUAUCAAGACGUCUACGGUGGUGCGGCUCCGGCAGCCUUCGCAGCUGCGAAUGGCAUGUACGGUGCACCCUACGGCGGCGCGCCCCAGCCUUUCAUCCCCGGACAUCAGGCUCAGCAGGCGUCGACGAGCGGUGCGGCCAUUCCUCCCGCAGGCGCGCAGAACGGCGCAGCCGUCCCCGCGAACGGCACCUUCUCCAACGCUACGUCUCCCUACCUCGCCGCUGCUGGCCCGAACGGUGCUGUCCCAGGCUCCCUUCCCUUUGUCGCCGCGAACGGCGCGCCUCAACCUGGCGUCGCAGGGGGCCCGACCACCGCUCCCUACGCCGGAUCCGCCUUCGACCAAGCGCCAGGCUCUCCCAACCCUUACGGCGGACCUACGCCUGCUCCUGGCAGCGGUCCCGCGCCGUUCGGCUCACCUGUUCCCGGCCAGUUCGGCGGUCUCGGUAUCGGCAGUCCCUUCAUGGGCAUGAUGUCGCCGAUGCUGGGCAUGGCAAGUCCUCAACUUGGCGGCGGAAACGGCUUUGGCAUGCCCUAUCCGAUCGGGGGGACUCCGCAGCCGGGAAUGGGCGGGAUGGGUGCAGGGAUGGGCGCAACGCAGACUCCGACCACUCGCACCGUCUACGUUGGCAACCUUCCGUCCGAUGCGUCGGUCGACGAGCUUCUCUCGCAGGUCCGCUUCGGUCCGAUCGAGAGCAUCCGCAUCCUUCCCGAGAAGAGCUGCGCGUUCAUCUCCUUCCUCGACCCGACCACUGCCGCCGCCUUCCAUUCUGACGCGUUGAUGCGCAAGAUCCGCCUCCACGACCACGACCUCAAGAUUGGAUGGGGCAAACCGAGCGCCGUCUCUGCGAACGUUCUCGCCGCCGUCCAGCAGUCGGGCGCAACCCGCAACGUCUACAUCGGCAACCUCGACGAGUCGGUCACGGAGGAGACCUUGCGCGACGACCUCUCUCGCUUCGGCCCGAUCGACCAGGUCAAGAUUGUCCGCGACAAGAACAUCGGCUUCGUCCACUUCCUCUCGAUCGCGACGGCGAUCAAGGUCGUGCAGAACUUGCCGCAGGAACCGGCGUAUGCGGGCAGGCGUGUCGCGUACGGCAAGGACCGAACGGCGUACGUCCCCAAGAACCAACAUCAGCAGCAGCAGCACAACAUGGCGGCUGCGGCGAUGGGCAGCAUGGCGGCCAACUACGGCGGGUUCGGUGGCCUUGGUUUCGGAAGUCCGCAGCUUGGCUUCGGCCAGAACGGCGACCCGAACGCGCAAAUGGGCAACCGCACGAUCUAUCUCGGGAACAUCCACCCCGAGGUGACGACGGAAGAGAUCUGCAACAUCAUCCGCGGCGGCAUCCUCGAGAAGAUCCGCUACAUCCCCGACAAGCACAUCUGCUUCGUCACCUUCGUCGACCCUCACUGCGCGCUCGCCUUCUUCCAGAUGGCGUCGUUCCAGGGCAUCGCCUUGCAUAACCGCAGGCUCAAGGUCGGAUGGGGCAAGCAAUCAGGACCGACGUCGCCUGGCAUCGCCAUGGUCGUUCAGGCGGGCGGCUCCCGCAAUGUCUACGUUGGCAACAUCGACGACUUCGAGACGUACAAGGAGGAGAAGCUGCGCAAGGACUUUGGCGAGCACGGCGAGAUCGAGCUCGUCAACUUCCUCAAGGAGAAGCAGUGCUGCUUUGUCAACUUUACCAACAUCACGAACGCUAUCAAGGCGAUUGAGGGCAUCAAGCAGCACCCCGACUACCAGAACCUGAAGGUCUCGUACGGCAAGGACCGCUGCGGCGGCGCACCACGAGCGUUCCGCGGCUUCGAUUUGCGCAACCAGCAGCGUGGACCUCGCCCGAACCAGGACGGCACGAACGGCAGCGCGCCCUCGAACGGCUACGCCCGCUCGCCCUUCCCCGACGUCAUGUCGUCCUUCCCAACGAGCCCGCUGCAGACGGACCAGCUGCGCAUCGCAGAGGGCGGCGAGACGCACACGGCGUCGCCGCAGCUGCCCGAGAUCGGCGCGCUCGUCCUUGACGAGGAGGCGGCCGCUGCGGCAGGCGCGACGGCGGCCGGUCAGGUGCAGGCUUAG